CUUUGUUCCUUUUAAAUGUCCACUACAAGAAGUAAGUAGAGUUUCUUUCUUUAUCUCCUAUGUUUAGUUCCACUAGCUUUUUCCAUAUGCUGGACUUACAGAAAUGCCUCCCAUGUUUUAAUCUCCCACUGGUAACUGUCUUUGUUGCUUUUACAUAUCCUCUACAAGAAGUAUGCAAACUUUCUUUCUUUAUCUCUGAUGUUUUAAUCUCCUACUAACUUCUUUCAUAUGCUAGACUUACAAUAAUGCCUCCAACGUUUUAAUCUCCCACUGCUAACUGUGUCUAUGUUGCUUGUACAUAUGCACUAAGGGGAGUAAGUAGACUUUCCUUCUUACCCUCCUGGUUGUGUGAUUCACUCGGUUGUAAUAAACAAUGAUCUUCAUUUUUUGUUUUAGCUGUUACAUGGGUUUGUUGACAUGGUUAAAAUUUUCUUUUGAUGAGUCUUGGGAAGAGAAUUAAAUGUUUCUUGUUGAAUGACCAUUAACUGGGGAGAUUUCUCUUUUCUUUCUCUAGCCUUCUGCUAUUUCUCUUUUGUUUCUAGACAGUAAGGUAAUUUAGAUCUUUGAGCUCUGUUUUUCUGGAUUUUUAUCAAGCUGUUUUAUGCACCUUAAAAAUUUUAUCGGCUUAUUAUUGAAAAAUGUUUAACAAUUGCUUGUGUAUGAAGACUUCACAUUUUAUGUUUGUAAAUUGGUUUAGGUAAUCUUGUUUAUUUUGUCCAGAGAUGUAUUUUUAAAUAUUUUGCCUGUCCAAGCAAUUUGUAGGUCACUUUCUUUUUAGUUUUGGAAUUCUUUACAUUGUGUGUUAUGCAAGGUUAUAGCUAAAUCUAACUAGAAGUACGGUUGGUGGGAGAUAUUCGGUGGCCCUUGUCUUGUAGGACAUGUUCUUCCAGUGGCCAGGUUGAUGAUUGUGCAACCCAAAAAUAUGAGGAAGAAGCAAAGGACGAAGCAGAGAAAGCUGGAUGAUGGUUUACUUCACACGACAUGUGGUGCCCCACUGCCCCUAAUUAUGUUGCUCCUGAGGUAUAUUUGCUUGCAGUUACAUGUUGAUGAGAGGUCUUUGAUGGAGCAUGCACUACAUUCUUCCAGAACAACAUUUGGACAGCGUGAAACCAAAGGUAACCUCAGAACAUUUAUCUAAAUGUGAUUUGUUGGAACUUUGAUCUUAUGUUCAAUUGGGUAUAUAAUCUCCUUUAUAAGUAUUGGAUGGCUUAUGCAUUGGGACCAGCUCUUCUAUCAAUAUUAUGUGUCUGAUUUUCCUGAUUGUAAAGUUUCUAGGGUACUGGUAUGGGGAACUGCAUUAUUCUGCUUUGGACAUUUAGAAUAGUCUGUGUUUAUGCCUUUUGGUCAAGUUUUCUGCUUAGAAGUUUCACUAACUUUUUUCAUAUGCUGCACGUACAGAAAUCCCUCUUAUGUUUUAGUCUCCUACAGGCAAUUGUCUUUGUUGCUUUUACAUAUGCACUAAGAGAAGUAGACCUUCUUUCUUACCCUCGUGGCUGUGUGAUUCAAUUGUCUUUAAUAAGUAAAUUUUGUUCUAUCAA